AUGUAUUUUGAUUGCUUAUAUUAUGAAGUGUCUGACCUCGAUAUCCAGCGUCCAACAAAGACACAAAAUUUCAAAACUAAUUAUCAAGUCAUUCCGUAUUGCAUACGUCCAUGGUCAGAAAAUGAAGCUUACCAUGAAAUAAAUGAAGGAAAUGUUUUAUCUCGAUUGACAUUUGAAGAAUUACGAACAAAACAGGUGACUAUACGAGACUUGCUGUUAUGGUCAGCUCCCCUUGAUCUUAUUGAACGUUAUGAUGAAUAUCUUGAUUCACCAUUGCAUAAGUCAUCGAGACUUGAUAUGUUCUACAAUUGUUCGUCAUUAUGGUUUGGAACAUAUUGUCAAUAUACAUUUAAUUUAAAUUAUUCAUUUAAUAAAAUCGUCAACAACACAUUUCGUACAAAAAAUCGAUUGACAAUAUCGAAUAUGACAUGUUAUAUACAUUUAAAAUGUAAUCGAGGAUCAACAGAUGUGUGUCUUGAUUGGCGUGAAAUUUGUGAUAGAAAAGUCGAUUGUAUAGGAAACGAUGUCGAUGAAAUCGGCUGUUUCGAACUUGAACUGAAUGAAUGCAAAGAAAACGAGUUUCGUUGUCAUAAUGGAAUAUGUAUACCAGAAGAAUUCAUGGGUGAAGGUUCAAACUAUCCUGAUUGUUUGGAUGGAACCGAUGAAGACAAUCGCCAGAUUUAUCAUGAUAUAGAGCAGUAUUCGAAUUACAUCUGUAUAGGACAGCCUGGAUUUUGGUGCGAAGAAACAGACUAUGCUAAACGCCCUCGUUUUUUUGUAUGUGGUGAUGGAGAACGUAGUGAUUUAGACAUAUUUUACAAUUAUACUUACAUUUUACCGACUAUACAGGUGUGUUUGAAUUUCAGAGAUGUACGCAUUAGGGAAUCUUUAUAUGCAUAUGUUGAAGAUUCUGAUUUAUCAUAUGAAUGCUGGUUUUUUCUCCAAUGUUCUGCAGAUUACAACCUUGAAUUAGAUUGUAAUAAAUUAUGUGAUUACAAUGACGAGUACGCUUGUUAUAUUAAUAUUACAAACAUAUGUCAAACGAGUUUUGUUAUUUUUCCCCAACGACCUCUUCUUCAAGGACAUGUAUUUUUUGUCUAUUUAACAAACAAAACUAUCUAUUAUGUCGUAGAUAAUCCAUCGAUGUUUCCUGAUUAUGUUUGCUAUGAUGUAAGAAAAUGUCCUUUUCUUCCGUCUAUUUCAAUUUUAAAUAUAAAUGGUACAACUUGUCGAACAACAGAAGAGCUAGGUCUUCGUCAAUUUCUUGAUAUUAUUAAUCUUUUUCAAGGUUGCUUGAUUGUCAUUGAAAAUGAACUUAAAACAAAUUAUUCCCAAUCGUCAUCGUUAUUUCAAUGUUCAGGUACAACGAAAUACAUUUCGAAACAUCGAGUUCUCGAUGGUGUUCAUGAUUGUUAUAAAGGUGCUGACGAAAUAGGUAUCGAUACAUGUCAAUGGAAUCAUAAACACCGUUUUAAAUGUUCGUUCGAAAAUAAAUGUAUAUCAGACGUUCAAGUCCGAAAUGCUAUAAAAGAUUGUCUUGGAGGUGAGGAUGAAAUCUUAUAUAGUUCUCAACGCCUAUUAUAUCAAAAAUUAUGUAACGGAUUUGUACAUAUGUCAUCUGUCCUUAUCGAUGGAAUGAAUGAAACAGAUGAAACACAUUGUGAUUAUUGGCCGUGUAAUAAUUUAUAUACUCGAUGUGAUGGAGCAUGGAAUUGUUUAAAUGGAGCUGAUGAAUUAAAUUGUGUGUUAACAAAUUGUCCUGGAGAUACUCAUGAAUGUGUCUCACCGAUAACAAAGAAAAUCAUGUGUCUACCUAUUCAUCAAGCUGGAAAUGGAAUUGUCGAUUGUCUUGGAUCUACAGAUGAAAGAACAUAUUGUCGAUUAAAACAUCCGAAGAAUUAUGGAUCGAGAUAUAAGUGUUGGAAUGAAUCAUUAUGCAUUCCCACUAAGCAUUAUUGCCUCGACGAUAUAUGUCAACACGACAACUUCGAUACCUGCUCAAAAGAUGUAGACGAUAUUAUCUAUCGUCUAGAUCAAGAUAAAAAACUUCAAUUUCCUGAGUAUGAACAUUUUAUGCUUGAACGUCCACAGACGAAUAUGUCUUCAUUAAUCAUGAAGAGAAAUUUUCUCUUGAAUCCCAGUCAAUCAAUGUCUGAUUUGGAAACAUUUUUUGAGCAAUCAAAUUCGUUAAAUAAGUUGAUUACAAAUCAAGAAAAUACGAUAUUAAACAAACAAUUCGGUAUUGAUCGAAUUGAUACAUGUAAACGUGGGAUUGGGAUUUAUGUUGGAAUUCCAAUGACAAUGCAUUGUCUUUGUCCUCCAAGUUAUUAUGGAGAUCAAUGUCAAUUUCAAAGUCAACGUGUUAGUUUAAUACUUAAGUUUUCUCGGAUGUGCGAGGCGAAUUGUCAAGGAGUAUUUGGUAUUAUUAUUACUUUGAUCGAUCAAGAUAAGAUCAUUCAUGAUUAUGAACAAAUAACAUAUACGACUACAUAUCAAUGUGAACAUAAAUUUUUUAUUUAUCUUCUUUAUAAAUCACGACCAAAAGAUAUGACAAAAACUUAUAAUAUUCAAAUCGAUGCUUACAACAAAAUAAAUAUGUCUUAUCAUGCUAGUUGGAUAUUGCCAGUUAAAUUUCUUUUCCUUCCCGUAAAUAAAAUAUCUGCUCAUCUAACGAUUCCUGUUGAUGCAGUUUCUUUUGUUAAUAAUUGUCCAAUAUUUUGUGGUCAUGGCCAAUGUUUAACAUAUGUUAAUAAUCGAAGUCAAUAUUUUUGUCAUUGUAAUUCUGGUUGGUCUGGUGUUAAUUGUACAAUAUCAUAUAAAUGUGAUUGUUCAUUAGAUUCGAUAUGUCUUGAUCACAUGAAUAAUCGGUCAAUCUGUCUCUGUUCACUUAGAAAAUAUGGACAACGUUGUCGACUUCCAUCUAUCUGUCAAAAAGAACUUUGUAAAAAUAAUGGUCUAUGUAUUCCUGAUGAUCAACGUAUAUCAAUAAAUUCUUUUCAAUGUUUAUGUCCAUCGAAAUUUGCAGGUCAAACUUGUGAAAUAUUCGAAUCAACAAUACAUAUAUCAUUUCAUCAAAUUGAAAUUCCUCGUUCUCUUCUCGUUCAUUUUAUUACUUUACAAACAAGAGCUGAUCCACUGGCUACAACAAUAUCUAUGAAAAUUCCAUAUGAUCAAGAUAUAGCAAUGAUUCACACAUCGAUACUAUUUCAUAUAAUCAUUGUUCAAAUUUCCAAUGAAUAUUUUCUUGUGCACGUCAAAAUGAAUUAUGAUUCUUCAUUGAUAACUAAAAUUGAAAUUAAUCUAGAACAACGAUGUCCACAUAUUCAAGAAUUAUUUCAUAAUAAAACAAUAUUAUCAUAUCCCUUGUUAGGUCGUGUUAAAUAUUAUCAUUUACUUUGUAAAAAUCUAUCUCAAUUAAAAUGGUUUCAUGAUAAUGAACAAUUUAUAUGUUUAUGCAAUGAUGAACAAUACGCAAAUUGUUUUUUAUUUGACUUCAAACCAACGUAUACUUGUAAAGGGCUGGGCGAUUGCCAAAAUGAUGGUCAAUGUUUUACAGAUAGUUCAAAUUGUUUGCGUUCAAUAUUUUGUGUUUGUAAAGAUUGUUUUUAUGGAAGUAAAUGUCAAUUUACUACAAAAGGUUUUGGACUUUCACUUGAUGCCAUAUUUGGUUAUCAAAUUCGACCAAAUUUACCAAUUAAUCGUCAACCAAUUAUUGUAAUAAUUAGUAUUGCUUUAACUACGAUUAUAUUAGUCAUUGGUCUUAUCAAUAGUUCUUUUUCAAUAAUGACAUUUCAAAGAAAACAAUCAAAUGAAUCAGGUUGUAGAUAUUAUCUCUUAACUACAUCAAUCGUUUCAUUAUGUACAACAAUUAUAUUUUCAAUUAAAUUCUUGAUGUUAAUUCUUUCACAAAUAUCGUUUAUAAAAAAUGAAAUGAUUCUACAAAUAUCUUGUAUAUCAACUGAUUUUUUACUUCGAUUAUGUCCAAUAAUUGUCGAUUGCCUCAAUGCAAGUGUUGCCAUUGAUAGAGCACUAACAGUAAUAAUGAGUACGAAAUUUAAUAAGAACAAAAGUAAACGAGCAGUUCGAUGGGUUAUUAUUGGUAUUUUUUUAGUUAAUGUUCUUAGUAUUCUACAUGAUCCAUUAAAUCGUCAACUAAUUUAUGAUGAAGCAGAACAAAGACGAUGGUGUUUAGUUCAAUAUUCAUCUUCACUUGAAAUAUAUAAUUCAAUAAUAAUUAUAAUUCAUUUUUUUAUUCCAUUUUUGAUAAAUAUUCUUACAUCAAUAAUUAUUAUUGUUUUUGCUGCUCGAAAAAGUUUUAAAGCUCGAAAACAAGAAACUUAUCUAGAUCAUUUAAAAAAACAAUUUCGUUUACACAAACAUUUACUUAUCAGUUCAAUAUUUUUAGUUUUACUUGCUACACCUCGUUUGAUAAUUUCAUUCACAGCUGGUUGUAUGAAAUCGAUUCGAAAUCCAUCAUUUUAUCUUGCUAGUUACUUUAUUUCAUUUAUUCCACCAUCUCUUACAUUCAUCGUAUUCGUUAUACCUUCAAGUUCAUACAAAAAAGAAUUUUAUAUUGCAAUUAAUAGAUUUCGAAUGCAUGUUCUACGAACAUUUCAUAUUGUUUAA